AUGUCCACUUUAACUGCCGAGUCUAGAAAAUCAUUAGAGGAUUUCUAUUUGCAACCAAUUACCAGAGGCAAUUUGAAGUACGAGUAUAACACCGAGAGGGAAACUGAAAACCCUCCGACUAUCAACCAGACCAUAUCACGUAGAAUUGCUCAGGCAGUGUAUUCGCUUGACAAGUUGGUGAAGGAAGCGUCCACAAAGCGGGAAGGAUUUAAUCAUCUUUUGGAGAUGAAGUUUUCAAUCAUAGCAACUGCAGCUCAAUUGUUGGCUGUAUCGUUGGCUUAUACCAUAUCCGAGGGUACCAUUAAAGUUGGUGAGAAGAGCGUGAGUUUCGGUGAGUUUAAUACUCAAGAAGUUAAGCAAUUACCUAUCGAGUCGCCAAAGGAUAAGAUUGAUAUCAACUUGAAGAUCAACGAUGACCUUGCUAAGAGACCACAUCAAGUUGUUUUAUCAUUAGCUAGUAUCAAGGACUCUGCAUUGGCAGCUCAUUUUGUUCCUACUUUCACUGUUUCCAAUCAGAUCAAAGCAUCCAUCCCAGUCAACAAGCUUCCUGAAGUUUUGAAGAUUCAAGACAAGUUGUUGUUAAGCUUGAUUAUUGGUGACCAAGUCUCUGGUAACUUGGAUCGUCAUUUGGUGGAAAUUAUCCCAGGUGCCGAAUACAAGGAAACCUCCAAAUACGUUGAGAAGCCAAGGGUUGGAAGAAAGCAAGAAAUCCACCAUAUUUUCAGAGAAGACCCCAAAACUAUCAAUGCUAUUAUCCCAGUGGCAUUCAUUGGCGCUGCUGUGGUGUUAACUCUUGGAUUAUUUGCUUCGUGGGUCGGCUUUAUCGGUGCAGACUUGACUACUACUUUCAAAACCAUCACCACAACCCAGUUGACCUACAACGUUUCGUUCUUAGUUACUAUCAUCGGGUUUGAAGUCAACUUCAUUAAGUAUUACUUAGGUCAGAACAUUUUCACUACCUUGUUCAACAGUUUUAUUCUUGGAUUACCAAGCAUCUACUUUGGUUCAAAAGUGUUGAGAAGUUUGAGAGAAAACAGAAAGGUUGGUAGAUUCUAA